UCAGCUGUUUUCCGGUGACAGCAGGGGAAUGACAACACCGACGGUCACGGCCCUUCUUCCAUUCAAGCAUCGACACAAAGUAAGGUUUCCCCUCGUAUCACAGUGUCCUCCGCGCACACGGUUUCCACUUGCUACGUUAGCUCGCCUAGCCCUCGAGCUAACGUCGGUUUUCUUUACAUCUGCGUAGUUUGACAGGCUCGGAGUUCAGUUUGGGAGUCUAGCCGCAAGAAGCAGUCUGCCGCUGCACUUCAGGCUCUGUGUUUGGGGGAUUUUCUUCUUUAUGUGCCUCUGGGAGCAGCAGCAGCAGCAGCAUGGCAGAUGACAAGGACGUGUUGAGAGACGUGUGGUUCGGCCGGAUCCCCACCUGCUUCACUUUGAACCAGGAUGAGGUUACUGAGAGAGAGGCCGAGCCCUACUAUCUGCUGUUACCCAGGGUGAGCUAUCUGCCCCUGGUUACAGACAAGGUGAAGAAACAUUUCCUCAAAGUGAUGAAGGCCGAGGACGUAGAGGAGAUGUGGUUGGAGUAUGAGGGGACGCCACUGAAAUGGCACUAUCCAAUUGGAGUUCUCUUUGACCUCCACGCCUCUAACACUGUCUUACCCUGGAGCAUCACUGUGCACUUUAAGAAUUUUCCAGAUCGUGACCUGCUCCACUGCACGUCAAACUCUGUGAUCGAGGCUCACUUCAUGUCCAGCAUCAAGGAGGCCGACGCCCUCAAGCACAAGAGCCAAGUCGUCAACGACAUGCAGAAGAAAGACCACAAACAGCUGUGGAUGGGCCUGCAGAACGAUAAGUUUGACCAGUUCUGGGCCAUUAACAGGAAACUGAUGGAAUAUCCUACCGAGGAGGGAGGCUUCAGAUACAUCCCCUUCAGGAUAUACCAGACGAUGAGCGACAGGCCAUUCAUCCAGAAACUGUUUCGGCCCGUUUCACCUGAAGGCAACGUGCACACGCUUGGCGACCUGCUGAAAGAGAUGUACCCAGCUGCUUUACCAAACGACGGUGAGCAGAAGCGAUACCAGGUGGUGAUCCACGGCAUCGAGCCUCUGCUGGAGACUCCUCUGCAGUGGCUCAGCGAACACCUCAGCCACCCUGACAACUUCCUGCACAUCUGUGUCAUCCCAACUCCCACCGACUGAUGCCACGCCACACCACACCUCACUGUCACCGUGACAACCGACCGCCGAGCCCGCCGGCUGGCUGGGUAACUGCUGAAAUGGUAGCGCUUAACUGGUGGAAACUCUGAACUAACAGACUCUUUAAUGAGAAGGAGAUGAUAACCUAAAUUGAUAAAGAUGAACAAAGGAUGUGAAGGAGGUAUUUAACGAACCUCCUGUUCCAUCUUCUUGUCUAUUUAUAUUUCUACUCCUCCUACCACUACGCCUCUGUUCCUCUCAGAAAAACUUGUUCUAAGGAUGCAAGGAUGGAACGUUUCUUUCGGUGAAGAGGCGGUUGAAUGAGCAGAUGAUCUCUCCUUUUUCUACUCUAUCUCACACCUUCUCCUCCUCCUCCUCCUCUUCUCCGAACUAACAAACGUCUCCAUGAGAGGAGAGGAGGUGAAAGGAUCCACCGUUUUACCAUCCUGCCACACAUCUUCCUCCUCGUCUUGUCCGAGACAUAGACUGUCCUGUCGACAGGGCGACAGGAUCGUUUGGGAUUUGGGGAGAGGCGUAUCCAGUCCUGCUGAAGUUGCCUUAGUUACCAUGUUUUCAUCAUCGUCCUCAUUGUCCUGCAAAAACGUCUGGACACACAAAGAGUUUACAUCACAGCCUGCAAACGUUAUCGUCUUCUCCAGGAACUUCUGGUGGUUUGCUUUUGACUUUUUUACAGAGGAUUUUCUGUUGGUUAGGCUGCUUGCGUUAACAUUUAACACACUUCUCUCCACUGAUCCCAACACACUUUGGACUGAGUGUCUGGUGCCACUGUUGAGGUAAACAUGAGUUACUUGAAAAAGCAACUUAACAAGCAGACCAAAUGGCUCCUGAAUUAGCAUUAAAUUUCAGCUUUAACUAAAUUCUUCAAUGGUUACACGCUCCUCUAUUGGUGAUGGGAAUCUACAACCAUCAAAAACUAAAAAAUGAUAUAUUCCACCUAAGUCUGCACUUUGUUUUUAACUUGUUUUGUUGUUUUACUAUUUUUGCAGAAGACAGAUGGAGAUACGGGAUUUUCACAGGGUAUUUUUUUGAGAGCUGUUUAUGAAGCUAAAGCAUUUUGUUCAAGGUUCAUGUGCAACAACUCCACACGUUUUCAAUAAGCAGGUGAUGAUUUCUCUCCAUCAAUACAACACAGUUUAGCUGUUUGACUGUACGUUUUCAUCAGAUUUGACUGGAGUCUCUUUGUCUGCAGCCGAAGUGAAAUGAGCAUCUGGUUUUGUUUCAUUUCAAGAACUCAGCUUGAAUAAUGAGACAACAGGUACGAUUAGCAUUAAGUCUGUCCGCUGUUGACGGCCACAGUUGUUUGACAUGUCCCACAUAAGCAUUCAAAAGUGGCAAAAGUGAAUAUGACUUGUGACUGAAGACUCACUUUAGUUGACUGCUGCCCAGAUCGGUCGGAUAUUGAGACCAUAACUAUUUAACCGCUGUUUUUUUUCUUUUUUAGCAUUGUGUAUCAGCAUCUUGUCUUCUUUUUUUACAUCUGUUCAUACUGAAAUAAAAUUACUCUUAAAUCGUUCAGCUGACACUGUUAUCCCAAAUGACUUCAAAUAAAAGUGAGUUGAUUCAAA